AUGUGGAACAAACAUUCUUUAUUUUGCUUUUUAAUUCUGGCUGUGACCACAAACCAGAUAGUAUAUGGGCAAAGAAAUAAAGGAAAGAAUGUUUAUUCUCAUGUGCAAAAAUAUGAAGGUGAUAUUUGUCUCAUUGAUAUAGUCUUUAUCUUGGACAGUUCAGAAAGUGCCAGAAAUCAGUUGUUUGAUUUACAGAAAGAGUUUGUUCAAAAUUUAGCUGACAAAAUUUUCCAGAUGAAGCCAGUAAAAUCUCAGCAAUACAAUGUCAGACUAGCAGGUAUGCAGUUCAGCAGCACAGUCAACAUUGAUCAUCCAUUUACUGCUUGGAAGAAUGUGCAGAAGUUUAAAGAGAAAAUCAGUUCUCUGGGCUUCAUUGGCCAUGGCACCUACUCCUAUUAUGCAAUUUCCAAUGCCACUCAACUCUUUAAAACUGAAAGUCAUAAGAAAAGUGUAAAAGUGGCUUUUUUAAUGACUGAUGGUGUGGAUCAUCCAAACAGUCCUAACAUUCAGGGUAUAGCCACAACAGCCAGGAGUCUUGGAAUACAUUUUUUCGCCAUUGGCCUUUCUAAGAAAAAUGUCCAAGAAGGAAAAUUGCGUUUGAUAUCUGGUGAUUCAGCUUCUAAAUAUGUCUUAUGCCUGGAUGAUGAGAACCUGAUAGCUGAUACAGCUCUGGAACUGGAAACCUUACUUCAGAAGCAGUGUAUGCGGAAGAUCUGUGAGUGUGAAAAGGGAGUAAAAGGAGACAAAGGUGAUUCUGGCAGUAUUGGUGGCAGAGGGGAGAAAGGUGAGCCAGGACCAAAAGGAAACAAGGGUGAUGCUGAAAAAGGAGAUCAUGGAGAAAAAGGUGAAGAGGGACCUCCUGGUUAUAAGGGAGAAAAGGGUGAAAGAGGAGAAGGUUUGGAAGGUGCUUUUGGGCCUAGCGGACCUCGGGGACCUCAGGGAGUCAGUGGACCUCCAGGUGAGCCAGGCCCAAAAGGCAUUCAAGGAAGCAAGGGUGAACAGGGUCCUAUAGGUCCCUACGGUCCCCCCGGACUCCCUGGGGUUGGAGAUCCAGGACCCAAGGGGGCUCAAGGCCAAGAAGGAAAAAUUGGACUCCCAGGACCCCCUGGAAUUGGUGAGCCAGGAUUACCAGGACUACCUGGCCCUGAUGGUCUGCCAGGUGAGAGAGGGCUACCAGGAGAAGGCAUUCAAGGCCAGAAGGGUGAAAAAGGGUCCGCAGGUGCUGAUGGGCCACCUGGGAUGCCAGGGCAACCAAUCAAAGGCGAUAAGGGUGAACAAGGGCAAGUGGGACCACAGGGCCCAGCAGGACCUCCAGGAAUAGGCCAUCCAGGAAGCCAGGGUAUACAGGGUCCACAAGGAAACCCUGGGGUAAAAGGAUCUAAAGGUUUUGGUCUGCCAGGUCCAAAGGGUCAACCAGGUGAACCUGGACAAAAAGGAGAACCAGGACUUCCGGGAAUUGGAGUACCAGGAUUUAAGGGAAAUAUAGGUCCAUCAGGACCCCCAGGAGAGAAAGGAGUGAAGGGAGAACUUGGGAAGGUGGGGAAAAAGGGAGAAAAGGGAGAUCAAGGUCUGAGAGGCCCAGAAGGACUCCCUGGCAAAGGAGAUGUAGGCCAAAAGGGUGACCCAGGAGAAAAAGGAUCCCAAGGACCAAUUGGUUAUAAAGGAAUACAAGGCCCAGCAGGACCAAAAGGCGAACCUGGAGAUAGGGGGCCGCCUGGUGUCACCGGAUCAUCUAUUCGGGGGCCUGCGGGACCAAAGGGGGACCCGGGACCCAGGGGACCACCAGGAGAUGAUGGACUUCCUGGAAAAUCAAUAAUGGGACCAAUGGGUAACCAGGGGUUACCUGGACCACCUGGAGCACGUGGAGAAAAAGGAGAUGGCCAUAAAGGUGAAGUUGGACCUCCAGGACUAGUGGGGCCUCCAGGACCACCAGGCCCAAGAGGUGUGGGAGAUCCUGGACCAAAGGGAGAUCGUGGCAUGAAAGGUUAUCCGGGACUCCCAGGACCUAGGGGAAGUGGAAUGAUUGGUCCCAAGGGUAUUAUGGGACAGAAAGGCUUGCCAGGUCCACCAGGACCCCCAGGGCACAGCAUACAAGGAGACAAGGGAGAAAAAGGAAAUCAAGGUUUUCUUGGACCAAAGGGUUCAAUAGGAAUCGGUCUUCCUGGACCAAAGGGAGACUAUGGAGAUAAAGGUGAUCCAGGGAUCAAAGGUGCCAAAGGAGAGAUUGGAGACCCAGGACCUCCAGGACCAAAAGGAAUUUGGGGAAGAAAAGGUGAACCUGGUCUUUCAAGAGAAGAAGUAAUCAGACUUAUCAAUGAAAUAUGUGGUUGUGGUAUCAGAUGUAGCAUAACACCACUGGAACUAAUAUUUGUCAUUGACAGUUCAGAAAGUGUUGGUCCAGAUAACUUCAACAUUAUCAAAACUUUUAUGAACACAGUCGUUGACAAAGUAGUGGCCAACCAUGUCGCAACACGUAUUGGCAUCAUCAACUUCAGCCAUAAAGUAGAGCUGGUUUCUUCUCUUAAGCAAUACACAAACAAAGAAAACCUAAAAUCUGCUGUGGAUAAAAUGCCCUACCUAGGAGAAGGCACCUACACAGCUUCUGCUAUUCAAGAAGCCAUUAGGUUAUUUGAGACAGCACGUCCGGGAGUAAGAAAAGUGGCUGUUGUAAUAACAGACGGACAAGCAGACACUCGGGACAAAGUACAACUGGAUACUGUAGUAAGGGAGGCCCAUGCCACAAACAUUGAGAUAUUUGUCAUUGGGAUUGCUCAGAGCACUGAGCCUCAUUACAGUGAUUUUCUGAAAGAAAUGCAGCUCAUUGCCAGUGACCCCGAUGCAGAACACUUACACCCUAUAGAUGACUUCAUGACACUUCCAGAACUUGAAAAUCAACUUGUCACAAGAAUCUGUAAGAAUGAAUCUGAACACUACACCAGAAAAGUUGAUGUUUUGUCUCAACCUUCAAAUCCUGGAAGUGAAGUUACUGAUGGUCAAUUACCUACAAUUGCUAUUUCAGAGACUAAUGUGCCCCGUAUAGAAGGAAACACUUACCCAGUAAGCAAAGUAGUCAUCAAGUGUUUUUAG